CGGCUUAGACAAGCAUAAAUAUAAUCUACCAGAACGACAAUACUCUCUUACCAGCUUUCCUCGUUUCUUCCUUUACAGUAUAUCGCAUCUCACCAAGAGAUCACUUCGUCCGAUCGCAUCACUACUGUGGUUCCAUCCCUCCCUUGGAACCCAACCGUCCGUGCAGCACAUUGGCUUGUCUACCUGGCGGCCUUGAGCAAUAUUUCUCUUUGGAAUCUCGACCUGGGUCAGCUUUGACAGAAUCUCGGUUUCCAGUUCAACCAGCCACUGCUUUGCUACAGCCGAGCACCCGGAACAACACUCUCCUAUUACAGCUCCGACGAUGUCACCAAUCAUUCCACCCACCGACGCCGCAUACGCACAGUCCCUGCUGGCUCACCCUCCGCCUUCAGAACCAGGUUUCAUCCAAAGCACUAUCAGCACACUCAAUCUCCAAGAUCACAUCGAAGGAGGCUACUUCGUCGAGACAGACCGUGACCAUCUCCUGGUCCCUAACCCAUUCAAGAACCUCCCGCUCCUUGCCAACGCCACAUCCAAAGAUCACUCAGAAACCCGACACGCAAGCACGACAAUAUACUACCUAAUCGGCCAGAAGAGUCCAGUCGGAUACUUCCACCGCAACCGCGGACGUACCGUUCACACCCUGCACCGCGGCCGAGGCCGCUAUGUCAUCAUGCACUUUGACCAACGCGACCAGAAUGGCCAGAUCCCAAUCGAGACGUUCGUGGUCGGCCAAGAUAUCGAGGCCGGCGAGAAGGUGCAAUGGAUCGUAGAAGGCGGCAAGUUCAAGGCCAGCUUUCUCCUGCCGGACUCAUCUCGUUACGAUGCUACCGCCGCUGACGGAGCGGAGACGGGCAGUGAAAAGGGUCUACUGAUUAGCGAGACGGUGGUGCCAGGUUUCGAGUUUUCAGACCACGACUUCCUGACGGCAGAAGGCAUGGCCGAAGCAUUGACGGACGUCCAACGAGAAGAAAUGAGAUGGCUUCUCAAGAAAGGCGAGCAAGCACGGCUGGACCAAGUGGUCAAGCAGAAAGCCUAGUCGAUUGCUCAGUACCUUUUGAGUCACUACAGUAGUUAACUUCAGACGUCAUGCAACCCAGAUAUCGCGUACGAUGCUG